GUGCUUCGACCGCAUAGACAUCCCUCAAGAUCGCUCCCAAUCGUGCUUCAACCGGAUACCCUCAAGAUCGCUUCGAAUCUGUGUUUCUCGCACGCCGAUCGGUCACAUUUAGGAGCAGAGAGAGAGGCACAAUGUAAUUGUCCGUGCGAGAGGAUGCCUGCGAACGGGUGGUGAGGAGUAACGCAGGGCUGCAUUACUAGCAGCCCUCGUUAUUGCUCCACUCCCUCAUUCCUGUCUGCAUCCAACCUUCAGGAUGGGGCAGACUCUCGAGGAUUGAGUGCCGCAUACGCCCGCUCCCAUCGCCGUACUCAAUGGGUGUUCGGGUGUUCAUCACCACGCCUAUUCAGAGGUGGGACCACCGCCACCAGUUCACCUCGACGACAACUAUGCGCUGUCUCAAAACGAACACACGCUCGCUCCUGUACACCUCGACCACCAUCCUCCGCAACAACAGCCAUAUUACGCACCAAGGUCGCACUCGCCGCCGUAUCCUCAUUAAUGACCGCAUGGUCCAAGAGGAUUCACCAGUGUCCUGGUCCUGGUGGUCCACCGGCAAUGCCUCUUCGCUCACCUCCAACACACUGACCUUCCGUAUCCAGACGUUGAGUCUACUGGUAGACGCUACAAUCCUAGAUGCUAUGUCUCAUCGCCAGAGGCUCACCGCAUGUGCACGCAGAUCCCUCCCACCCCAACCCCCAUGUUCACUGGGAGCAGUUGUGCAUCAGAGAGCCCCCGAGUCCCACCCCAGCCUGUUGUUCAAGAACCCCCACCUACUCGUCGACGAAGAGCAUCCUUUGGAUCCUCGUGGAUACCCUCCUCCUCCACCUGGUGCUAACAUGAACAGCUCCGUCCAUUCGCCGUCCACGAACCGACUGCCUCAAGGUUCCCCCCAUAUAGUGUUGAGGUACCCAAUUGCAGUGGUCAGGAAUUUGCCUCCCAUCAACAUGAUGCGUCCUCUCAGUCCAGGUCCUGAUGACCAUACCGAGAUGAAGCGUGCGAAGCAACCUACGUUGCAUUCUCCAGAGUCUCGUCAAGUCGACAACUCGAGUCCCGCUAUUCUGACCAUGCUUCCACCUCACCCUCAACCGAUAGGUGCAGGCUUGGUUGGACAUGCUCCAGUUGGUCCUGACAGGGCAAGUGCGAGAUCAUCUUGCAUCCUACUGGAUCACUGCGAGGAUGAAAAGGGACACACCGUCACUAAGUUCAAGUCGUCGUAGUCAUGUGUCGCACUCCAGUAGAGGUGCUCAGUAGAUCAUUGUCGUUGUCGGUCUUUGAUCAAGUAUUUCCUCACCUAUGACUCGCACAUCCUUAUUAUUUUGUUCUUCUUGCAUAGUGCCUCACAUAGUGUUUUCACAUUUUGUCUGCUACUUGAAAACUGUUGGAUACAAGUAGCUCUGCGAAAUGUAUAGAACUAAAGUAUGCACUAUGAUGGAUAGCUAUCUGCGGCAGCCAAGACUUGAGUAACAAAGCUUGUACUUCUCACGCAGAAACUGAAGGACAAGUGAAAGGUUCCAUCGAGGUUUCUUUUCAAGCGCAAGAAUAAGCUCGAUAACACGCA